AUGGAACCGUUCACUUGCUUCAUGGAUGUGGAAAACUCCCGCUCCUACAUUGACGAGCUAUACUCGGAGGAAAACUGCAAGUGUCAGGAAGCGAUCGUCUGCCUCAAGAAUGCCGUCAUCGGUUCGAACAAAAAGAAAGGAUCGAUCAUAUCGCAGGGAAUUGUGCCGCGUUUAAUUGCUUUACUGUGCAACGCCGGGAAGCCGCUGCAGCUGCGUAUCGAUGCCGGCAUUGUGCUCGGUUCGCUUGCCAAGGGUACCGAAUCGCAGGUCCACUCCCUGAUGCGCUUCAACACGGUCGACGUGCUGAUAACGAUCAUCUUCGAUCCCAACACGAACGAACGGCUGAUGGAAACAUGUCUGGGGGCACUGCAAACGAUCGUGCAGUACCCUUUUGCACCGCUGGAUUUAAUUCAUUCGGAUAUCAACAACAUCAAACGUUUGAUUCAAAUUGCAUCACCGAGAAGCAGCUUCGCGUGUCAGAUGUAUGUGGUAAACAUUUUCGUUCCUCUCUGCCACUCCUCGCAUCAACAGAAAAACCUAUGCCAGGCGGAUGUGAUACCGUUUCUAGCGCGUCUCAUGAUCUGCGACAACACGACGCUGCAAGUACCUGCACUGAAAUGUUUGGCAGCGAUGUGCUUCACUAACAAGUCGGUGUCGAACAUCGUUCACGCGACGUACCACGCUGAUCGAUCGAUUCUGGACAUUCUGACCGCAUUGCUGUCCCGGACGCGUGACGUUCAGGUGCAGCUGUCUGCUAGCCGGUGUCUCACGUAUUUACACCGUGCCGGUUCACUGCCGGCCGAGGACUAUCGGAUCGUUUACAAAACGUUACCCUGCCUGGCCCGGCUCUGUUCGGACGAGUUCGAGGAGGAUACGCGUGCGACGGCCGCAGAAACGCUCGCCUAUCUGGCCGAAAUCGACUCCGAGCUGCAGCGGCUGGCCGCGAUCAGCAAUCACUUGAUCGUGUCGCUAGCGAAUCUGGUCAAAUGCCCGUCGGUGUUGUCGAGACAGGGUGCUUUCCGCUGUUUUGCUUCUCUCGCGGCCAAUGAUGAAGAAAUUAGAAAGCGCAUUAUAGAGAUGGACGGUUUAAUGGAGGAGGUGCUAAGUGGAUUGAAGGAUGGAUGUCCGGAGGUUCGACUAUCGGCGGUACGAUGUCUUCAUUCACUUUCUCGUUCGGUGCAACUACUUAGAACCACUUUUCAGGAUCAUUCGGUGUGGCGCCCGCUGAUGGAUUUGUUGUCCGGCGAUCCGUCGCUUGAGUUGCAAACCGUUGUCACGUCGACGAUAUGCAAUUUGCUGCUAGAAUUCUCACCUGCCAAGGAACCAAUGCUCGAAUCCGGUGCUGUCGAGAUGCUUUGUGAGCUUACCAAACAUCCCGACCCAGCGCUUAGGCUAAACGGAAGUUGGGCAUUGAUGAAUAUGGCCUUUCAGGCCGAACAGCAUGUGAAAACAAAAAUAAUCAACACACUAGGAACGGAUAGGAUAUUUCAAUUGCUGGGCGAUCGGGAUGAGCGUGUCAUUAUGAAAACGCUCGGUCUGUUGCGCAAUUUGCUGAGCAAUACUCUCCAUAUCGAAACGAUCAUGUCGGAACAUUCGAGUGAAGUUUUGAGGGCGGUGAGUCUCGUGCUAGACGACCCACACCCACCGGAGGUAAAGGAGCAAGCUAUAAUAAUCAUAGGUAACAUAACGGCGGGAGCACAGGAUGAAGAUUAUGUGCUGCAGGAUGAAAAAAUUGUCAAAAAGAUCAGGGAUUUUUUGGUUGCCAACGACAAUAAACUACAGAUGGGUGCCGUGUUUGUCGUGCGAAACCUGUUAGAUAAGAGCGGCCGGCAGCAUAUACUGCGACAAUGGGGUUUUCUCGAAAAUCUCGAACAGCUACUACACAUGACACCGCAACACUCGCAGUUCUAUGAGGACAUUCGGGAUGAAAUUUUAAGGUUUGACUACUCAGAAGACCAUUGA